AUGUCUUCGUCGGAAGACGUAACAAACGCGAACCGUGGAGAGAAGUCCGAUAUAGAUCGCGAAGAUGCGAUUCUGUCUCACCUGGGGAAGAAACCCGUGCUGAAGCGUAAUUUCGGCUUCAUGUCUAUGCUGGGAUUUAGUUGCACUAUUAUGUGUACAUGGGAAGGAGUUUUACUACUCUUUCUUGUAAGCUUUGCAAAUGGCGGAUACGCAGGCUCGAUCUACGGCUUUCUAAUCGUUUGGUUUGGAAACCUUGCUGUGUUCUCAACUAUGGGGGAACUGGCUUCUAUGGCACCAACAGCAGGCGGUCAAUACCACUGGGUAUCCAUGCUUGCACCAACCUCUUGCCAGAAGUUUCUAAGCUACCUCGUCGGGUGGAUCAACGUAACAGCCUGGCAAGCCAACGUCUCCGCCGGCGGCUUCCUAGCCGGUGGUCUCAUCCAAGCGCUCAUAGCCCUCAACUCACCUUCUCACGUCCCGCAACCUUGGCAAACCCUCCUUCUCUUCUACAUCUGCGUUUUCUUCGCCGUCUGCAUCAAUGCGUUUGCGAGACGCGCUCUCCCGGCGAUUGAAGCACUGAUUUUAGUCAUUCAUGUGCUCGGCUUCUUUGCGAUUUUGAUUCCGUUGGUGUACUUGAGCCCGGUGAAGACGGAUGCCAAAGAUGUUUUCACGGUGUUCUUGAAUGAGGGGGGGUUUGGGACGAAGGGGUUGGCGUUUAUGGUGGGGUUGGUUGGACCGGUUUAUAGUUUUCUGGGUGCUGAUAGUGCUGUUCACAUGUCCGAAGAAAUCCAAAACGCGUCCACGAACGUCCCACGCACCAUGAUCCUCUCCAUAACCAUCAACGGCAUCCUCGGCCUCAGCAUGCUUCUAGCCACUCUCUUUUGUCUCGGCAACGUAGAAGAAGUAGUCAAGUUUCCUUUUCCAUUCAUGGCCAUAUUCCAAGGUGCCGCAGGAACGCUUGGUGGAACAGCAAUGUCCUCUCUCGUUGUGAUAUUGUUGAUAUGCGCCUUGAUUGCAUUCGUGGCAACUGCAAGUAGGAUGACAUGGAGUUUCGCUAGGGAUAAGGGGAUGCCUGGGUGGAAACAGUUAAGCAAGGUCAACGCAACUUCAGGCGUGCCACUCAUAUCCAUCGCACUCACAACAGGGAUCGCUCUCCUCCUCGCCCUCAUCAUCCUCGGCAGUGCAUUAGCAUUCAACGACGUUCUUUCACUCACCGUAUCAUCCCUCUAUCUCAGUUAUCUUAUCGGAAACAGUCUCCUGCUUUGGCGUCGUCUUCGCGGGUCGAUUGGUCCAUUCAACCCUAACUCGACAAGCUUGACGAAUGUAGGCGGGUCUCACCAGCUCACUUGGGGAGCUUGGCGUAUUCCGGAGCCUUGGGGCACAGUUAUCAAUGCGGUUGGCUGUCUAUACAUGAUUGUUAUUUUGUUUUUCAGCUUUUGGCCAACGGCUAUGAGUCCAGGCGUCAAGGGCAUGAAUUAUAGUUCGUUGAUGCUUGGUGCGGUCAUGAUAAUUGCGUCGGUAUACUAUUUCGUUCGUGCGAAGAAGACAUAUCGCGGACCGGUUAUUGAGAGAAUUUGA